CAGGCGACCCAGACUCACAGAAUUUUUGAACAGUACCGGUAUUCAUUUAGAGAAAAAAAAAUGGAUAAUACUGCAUAUCCAUCCGAAAACACAAAUCCUCGAGUAGCAUUUCAACGAAAAGAACAAAGUGCCGUACCACACGACAACGUUUUGUUUGACAUCACGGACGCCCAGCCACGACCGUCGGACGUUACGUACGUUAAUGUUAGUUUGAGCGACGCAGAAGGUCCGUCCCAGGUCAGUGACGGAGACUCCCGUGUUGUGAGCACCAAAACCGCGGUCCCGGGUGUCAACAGGCAUAAUGUGGACACUACAAAUGAGAGGUCGGCUCAGCUUUCAAGCGUUUAUGAGUCGUUUCUGACGAGGGCAGGUCUUGGAAAGUUCCACUGGUUUCUACUAGUGGUGAUUGGUUUAGGACUAUUUUACUGUGGACUGUUAAUGGUGGUUAUCGGAUUUUAUGUACCAGAUAUCGUAAGAGAUCUUUGUCUCACAGAGGAUGAUACGGGAUGGCUACGUGGCAGUAUUUUUAUCGGCCCACUAACUUCGUCGAUUGUGUGGGGUUGUGCAUCCGACCUGUCUGGUCGACGGCCUACGCUGGGAUUCUCUUUGGUAGUUGCUGGUAUUUUUGGCCUCCUCACCGCAGUAGUCGAGUCAUACGGCGCUAUGAUAUUUGCAUUGAUAAUGUGUGGUAUAGGGCUAGGGGGCGUGAUUCCAGUUUCAUUAGUUUACUACUUCGAGUUUCUCCCUAAGUCCUCUCGUCUCAGGCACUCUGUCGUACCAGUUCUAUUUAUUUUGAUGGGAAGUCUGGUUGCACCCCUAAUAACGACUGGACUGGCAUCCUAUGAAGUUACGAUUCAUUACUAUGACAAUAAACCAUUCGAAGCAUGGAGGAUAUCUCUCAUCCUAUUUUCAUUGAUGUGCGUUUGUCUAGCCGGCGUCGUUUUCUUCGUCUUGCCCGAUAGUCCAAGGGUCCUACUACAGAAAGGAAUGUGGAUGGACUGUGUAGAUAUCCUAGCAAAUAUCCAUAAACACCACAAAGGAAAAACGGGCAACGAUUUAUUCAGACAAGAGGUGCUUUAUUUUACUAUAAAAAUCAAUGGAUCGUAAAAGGGAGAGGGUUGAUAUUUCGUAACCUGGAGUUUUCGUAACUCUUUCGCUGAUAUUUCAUUUUAUAACUCAGACAUUUGAAAUAAGAAAUCUCGUUAAGAAAUAUGUCCGCGGUAGAGAAGUUCGAGUUACAAAAAGACCGGGUCACGAAAAUGUCUGCCACCCAACGUAAUUAUAAGAAGUACUAUAAUUGUUGUUACUGUAUAGUUGUGAGCAUUUUAUAUAGUCACAAUGGUACUGUAGGCUUAUUUAAUAAUCAUGAUAUUCUAACUGAGCUAGGCCUACAUCUGUAUAUUUUUUUUAGAUUAGACCACAUUCCUGCUAGUUACAUCAGAGGUGUGUGCAUGCUAACGGCUCGCAGACAGGUCUUAAAGAUACAAUCACACGUCCAGUGUGAACCACAAUAAUUAAUAUAUCAAGGUAUCUACUUCACAAAAAAAAAA